GUUUAUCCAAUAUAUGUAUGUAUGAACAUAUUCAUAGAAUUAGGACAGAGUGAGGCGAACAUGGACGGGAAGUAGUCCAGAUUCAUUAGUGAAUUUGGCCUGCCCUGUGUGGUUUCAAAAUGAGUACUUAUACAGACACACAACUUGAAGCUGCAGCUCCCACAUUCAUUCCCACAUGCUAAGAGUGCAAGCAACUACUCAUCACUUUACGUACGCACCCCAGCCAUUCUCUUUUUUCUAGCUAAAUCUUGCACUCUCAUCCAUCCAUCUUCUUCAGUUCUUCUAAUAUAUGAUUAUAUAAAUAAAUAAUUAAUUAAUUACUGUGACUACUUAAUACGGCGUAAUUAUUAUCAAUCGAAAAUCCUACUUUAUAUUACGGAGUACGUGUAUAUAUUAUUGUUUCAAUCAAUUAAUUAAAUGUAGUAAUAUUUUUAUUCAGAUGGGAGGCAUGAGAAGAUGAAGUGAAUAAAUAAAAAGAGUAAGUAAUUAAGGUAGAGUUGAGAUGGAAUGGUGUUCAGGAAGAGAAAAGAUGACAAUCGAUGCAACUCCUAAGGUUCCUUCUGGUGAUGGUCCCUAUGUUCGAGCCAAACAUGCUCAGUUGGUGGAAAAGGAUUUGGAAGGAGCAAUAGUAUGGUUCUGGAAGGCCAUAAAUGAAGGGGAUAGGGUAGGAAGUGCCCUUAAAGACAUGGCCGUGGUGAUGAAACAAUUGGAUCGAUGUGAAGAAGCCAUUGAAGCCAUCAAAUCAUUUCGAGUUCUUUGCCCCACCCAAUCACAGGAUUCCUUUGACAACGUCCUUCUGGAUUUAUACAAGGGAAGUUUGGGCUGGGCCUACAUGCUUAAGCACGACUACAUUACAGCAGAAGUGGUGUACCGAAAGGCCCAAAUGAUUGAUGCAGACUGCAACAAAGCCUGUAACCUGGUCCAGUGCUUGAUCAAGCAAUCCCGAUACGACGAAGCCCGUUUCUUCCUUGAAGAAAUGUGGAAGGGGAGCUACCCGGGUUCGGAUGAACCGAAAACCAUAACCCGGAUAGAAGAAUUGCUGUCCGAAUUGGAGCUUAUGCGGCAGCAGCCCACAUAUUCCUUACAGAGUCUUCCAGAGCUGGAUGAUGAUUUUUUUAGUGGGCUUGAUGGGGUGAUGAGUGAGUUGGGCCCGUUAAGGUCCAGAAGGCUGCCCGUGUUUGAAGAGAUUACUCCUGUUAGAGAUCAGCUGGCUUGUUAAUUAUAUGCAAAUUUGCAUAACUGUAAUUAUUAGAGCCUGUUUGUUGAUGUAAAUAUGCCUUAAAUAACUUGAAUUUACUUUGUUACUUCAUUUCUCUAUCCAACAUAGUCAUUAUAAAAAAAUAGUACAAUCGAAUUAAAUCAGGUUUGAUUGCAAUCACUAUUGCCAAAUGUUCACACCUUGGAGGUAUUUAUAAUUGCAAAUCUGCAAUUAGGAGUCAUCAUCUCACCCACCAUUGUGAAAUGAAUAAGUCAUUACACUUGACAAAAGAAGAGUUUGUUUAUAUUGGAGAUAAAU